CGUUCGGGAAUCGGCUCGAAAAGGGCAACUAGGCUCAAGCACUGAUUUAGUGUAAAUAAAUUCGGUGCACGUUAUUUAUGACUCCUUUUGAAAUGCGAUCCCGGUUUAGGAAAUAUUCGGUUGACGAACGACGAACGACGAACGACGUGUCCACUCAAAAGAUAAGUAAUUGGCUAGGCAGGAAAUACGAAACAAUUGAAUCAAACUGUAAAUAACCGGGCCGAGAAUAAAGGAUCGGUCGGGUUGUAAAUUUACGAAGUAACCGGUCGUCUCGUUGAGGCAACACAAAGAUUUAUGUUAUAUAUUUCAAAAACGAUAAAUUUACAUGACGGUUUCGUUACCCGAAGUUUUCGAAAUACAGAUCCGUGCACCUCUUUUUCGUAUGUUUAGGCGAAAGUAACCUUUUUGUUCUCUACCUGUCGUUUUUCCUUCGUUAUUAUUUGCCGGAAUGCGACUUGAGUGAAACGUAUUUUUUCAAAAGGAUUAAGUGUGCGUCCGAACAUGUUUUAUGAGUUUUUUCGGCCGGGGAAGAUUCUCGAUUCUUACCUUUGUUCGGAACUUUCUCUUUUACUUGACCGUACGAAAAUUCACGCACGUUAGCGCGCAAAGAGGAUCACGCGCGAGAUUCGUCGUGAUUUUUCCUGCGGUACUCGAUACGGCGAUUAGUUUUGACGCGAAUUUGAUUGUGUGUGUGUGUUUUUGGCAGCGUCGAAUCGAGUUGGCGAACUGAUGCAGUUUUAUACGUUGUGCAUGCAGGUGAGAUGGAUGUGAAUUGAAUGCAAUCGCGCAAUUGCGUAAUCGAGUGAAAUUAUGGAACAGUUAAUGAUCCACAUGCAGAAAAUAAGAAUAAUUAUAUUGUAGGAUACUCGAGUUUUUAGGCGCUCGAUGAUCCUCGAUGUCAGCGUGGAGUUGAGAGCGAUGGCCUCCGGAGACGACGUAGUGGCGGGUGAUCCUUGGCGUAGCGUGUGUCUUGCAGAUGUGCGGGCGCACGUACGAACACGUUUCAUUACCUGUUUCCCGAGGUAGAAAAUAUGUGCGUCAACGCGAAGGUAAUAUAAUUAAAUGAAAUCGGCAAUUUACAAAUUUUACAACGUAAAGCUCUGAUCGAGCGAGUAGCUACGAAGCUACCUCGAGAUUCUGAUCGCGAUAUUAACUUCGCAGCGGUAUUAACUUGAGAAUAUACUUGAUAUAAUCUUUGAUCGUAAAUUCACACCUCACGGGAAGAAACAUACAUCACGUGUCAGGCUUAUGAAACUACAAUUAGGAACAACUUUGUGUUUGGACGAAACAUCUAACUUAACUGUUGUUGAGAUUUAGACUAGUGACUGUGAACGUUGAAAUCACGCACUAUAUGCGUGCGAGCGGCGCGCUAUUUUCCGGCAGGGUGGGAGAAUUUCGCAAGCAGGGAGUUUGCCUGUCCCUGAGGUAGUAUGUAUCGAACGUUUUUGAAGAAACAACGUUAAUAUAUCUGAGCCGCUACCGAGCAAUUAAAUGAUAAGUUAAAGUUAUGUGACGCGAAAGACCCAAGAUUGAUAAGUUAUUAACCGUGGUAGUAUAAUAAAGAAAUUUUGUGUAAUUUGACCAGUCGCCAUUCGUGCGGCAGGCCAAUUCGCUGCGCUCUAAAUAGAUGUACAACUUGACAAACCAGCACAAAUAUACGCAAAGAAUUAAAGUCUACAACUGUAUUACAGCCUUACUGAAAAUAGAAAACGCAGAGGGAAACCAACUUCAUACGCUUAAAAUAUGCAAUUAAUUUAAAACUUAUAAAUGCUUGAAACAGCCUUUAGCUUACACAUUAGUGAGUAUUAUAAACAUAAUAGGAAUAUAAAAAGAGAGUUUUGUUCCCGGAGCUCCGGGGGAGGGGGGGGGGGGGGCGAGUGUGCGGGAUGGGUCUUGUUAGCGCGGGAUAUGACGUCACGCCGGCGGGGGUAGGUGCAUGGUGACGAUUUCAUCGGAGAAGGGUGGGCGAGCGACGUUUAGACACUUAUGAGGUGUUAUAAACAAGGGUAGCAUGCGCUCGUGAGAAAAUAUCGGUGGCGCAUAAUAAUUUGGACGAUUCUUAUUGUUUAUGUCGUUUACGUCUUCUUUUUCUCUCGCCUUCUUAUUCGGUACUAUCUGGAUUAAAAGUAAAUCUGAUAACAUUGCAACGCAUAAUUGAACAUAUUGCGAUAUGUUUUACUAUUCCAUAUCGCUUUCUUUCGCUUUAUCCCUCACUUGCUUGCGAUAUUUUUUAUUUAGAAAAAAAAGUAUAUGAAAUAAAAGAAUACGAAAUAUGGAAUUUACUAAACUCUUUUUAUUGUCGGAUUUUCAUGAUUUAGCGUCGACACAUCGGCUCUUGAAAUUUUUUUAAGUAAACGCUUUAUUUUUUAGUCUAGCGCCGGUAUUUCGGCCGCUCUUACAUAUAAAGAAUGUGCUUAGUGUAAAAAUGAAUGCACCAUUGUUAUCGUCAGACCUGGCUCGAAACUGCCUUCACAUGUUACUGACCCACUCAACAAUAAUUACUAUUGGAUCAACGGUUGACCACAUAUCGUUUCAAAGGAUUUUUAAUCGCUAUAAAAAAAGGUUUUUGCGUUUUUUUACGUUUAGAUAAAUCCUACGCUUCCCAGCUCAUGGCCUGUCGAUUUUUUUUAGUAGUUUGCUAAGACGUACACUUGUAUCCAGCAGAAGGCGUGAGUGGUGAAAUAUUAAAUAUUAUUUUAUUUUUUUCCGUGAAUUUAUGCGGGCGAGGUAUCGGUGCGUCUCGAUCAUACCGCGCCAGCGAAAAUAUAGAUAUUCCCUCAUCGACGCCGAGAAAUAUAAUACUAAGAGAGCCUAAUAUUAUUGCGCGGGCCUGUAGGCCAACAGGUAAUUUAGUAAUAGCGAUUGCUAGUUAAUAUAUAAAUACCUGUAACAAAUUUUUAAAAAUAAUUAUAGUUUUCUUUAGCCCCGGUUCCCACAGUCAGAUAUUCGCAUUUGCGGAUUUAUAAAUAUUGAAGAUACGAUGUGAACGCGGUUGCUCCGCAAAGUCGAUCGAUAUCACAACGAUGACUUGCUUGAUGAUCGCAGUCCAUUGGCAAGUACGGGACCGCGGGCGUUCUUGAUCUGAGGCGGCUUUUUGACAUGCCACCCUUAUUCGGAGAUGAUUAUGAAGAUUGUUGGCCUUAACGAAAAAUGUUUAUAUCAAUUUAUAAAUAUUUAUAAUCAAUUUAUAUCAUAUUUAUAAAAAUAUAAAAAAUGUAGUAAAAGAAAUAUAUACAUAUUUGCAAAAAUUAUUCUUAAUUAUUCUAUGCCUUUACUCACACUCAACGUAACAACGCCCGUACCAUCCAUCGCUCUCAUCCCUCCCGUAGGCUCUCACUCGCAUUCGUCGUUCCUACUCAUCGCACUCUCUCACUCGCACACAUUGUUCUUACCCAUCGCAUGCUCUCGCUCCCACACAUCGCGUACAUAUUCUCAUGCGCUUUCGCUCCUACUCGUACGCCGCCAUCUUUACACGUUCUCAGUCUCACUCAUGCAUAACACAGAUAAACGUGUAAACUUAAAAUUACACAGAAAAAACAUGUUACAUUAACACACUUGGAUUUGCAAUAUAGUGCGACUACCAGACGGAACGCGAUGGUGCCCCAUGUAUUAGCAAAGGAUUGUCACAUAAUGUUUUUACAGAUUUGCGGCUAGGUUAUACAUAUAUGAUUACGGGUUCACUCGUUUUAAUUGAGUGAGAAAUUUUACUUUAAAAAGUUUAUAGUAUACGUAAAAUUAUAUAUAAUUUUAUAUAUAACGUUGUAUGUUAUAUAAUUUUAUACACACGUAUUAUAUGUUCGACUCGUCCCCUCCACUGGGACCGGCUGUCUUACAGUUUUCAAACUUCUACUACAUAGGGUGCGUUCAAGAAGACGCUGUUAGCGCUACCAGCAUCAGUCUAUCUUUAUUACUUAUUAAAGGUAGAACAAGGAUAGCCGUCGCUACAGAGGGGCUGAAGAAUUAAAUGUAAGGGCCAAUCGCGAAAGAAUUAGUGAGUGCUCAGUGUACGAUUGGUUCUUGUUCUUGGUUCUUCGUCCCCUCCACAACUGUGUCUCUGUGACGGAAGCCUUCGAAUCGCUACCUCGGAUACGACUCCUUCUCUCGUUUUCUUACCACCUCUUCCUCCCCUCCGCCACUAUACGCUUCUUCCCUCUCUCAACCGCUCAUUUCUCUUCUAAUAUAAUCGUUGCACGCCGCUAGAUGAUCCGCAGAUCCUUCAGGUCGCUACCUAGCUCUGGAUGUUCUUCGUUUGGACGUUGAGUGCGAAGCGAACUUUGUAUAUUAAGUGAUUCCGUGAGUGAAUUCUGAACUGAGAACUGUUGCAAGUUCAUCGAAUUCGUCCCUGCUCAAGGAAACAUCAGCCGAGGACUGCACAGCCUCCACCUCAAAGCAGAAUCAGGACGAAAUUCAAAGAACCGAUACUGACCUAGACUAUUGAUUGACGUUUCCGGGCGUAGCCAUCCUUUUUCGAGGGCGACUCGCAGCAGCUAGAGCCUUUGCCAGCAUCCGCACGUUUUUAAUUUAAUAAAUAAUUGCGCCAAUAUGAAACUCGACGCUUAUCACACGCAUUACAGUACGAGUCACAGCAAAAGCAGUGGCGGUGGUGACGAAUUGUGUCCUAGAGCGAUGGCUUCCGUGUCGUGCGGACAACUUUUGGUGCUGAGGAAGCUGGCACUGAUGAAACUGACGGCGUGCAUGGAACGACAUUGUCCAACUCAUCGCACUGGCUGGAACUGGCAACUUCCGAAGUUUAGGAGGAAAAUUAAGUCGCCCGAUUACAACGACAAGGCAGUUUUCGGAGUGCCGCUUUUAUUAUCUCUGCAGAGAACUGGUCAAGCAUUACCAAGCUGCAUUCAGAUCGCCCUAAGAUGGCUGAGAGCUAACGCUAUAGAUCAAGUGGGCAUUUUUAGAAAGAGCGGCGUCAAAUCUAGGACACAAAAUUUGAAAGUCAUGAUGGAGACCGAGGGGGAUAAUGUUAAUUUUGACGGGCAGCAGGCAUUCGACGUCGCCGAUCUUCUGAAACAAUAUUUCAGGGAGCUGCCGGAGGCUUUGUUAACAAACAAGCUCUCAGAGAUAUUUAUCGCCAUUUUCCAACAUGUCCCGGUGGAGUUACGACCUGAUGCCGUGCAGUGCGUCUUAUUGCUGCUUCCGGACGAGAAUCGUGAAGCAUUGGAGAUCCUGCUUGACUUUCUCAAUCACGUUGCCAGCAACUCGCCCUCCAAUCAGAUGACAGCCUCGAAUCUGGCUGUGUGUCUGGCUCCGAACCUGUUUCAUUUUAAACACAGCACGGAUGUGACGAACAGCGUGUCGCCACGUAGGCGAAAGACCAUGGGCAUUCCCGAUCAGCGGGAACUGUCGGAAAACAAAGCAGCUCACGACUGUCUUUUGUUUCUGAUCAAGAUGCAUCGUGAAUUAUUUAUGGUCUCGUCGGACAUGCUGUCGCUGUGUCACUUCCGCAUUAAGUAUGUGGAAGAAAUUUCGGUCGCGAUAGACGAACUCGGCCCGGAAAUGAAACAGGAUUGGAAGGGUUACCUAUACGCCUGCACCAUAGAGUUGCUGAAGGAAGUGGGAGAAAACAGAAGUUGCGAUUGGGUCACGGUAGACAGUCCUGCCGAUAACAGCGUGGAAAUGGCGUAUAAAAAGGUCGGCGACGGGCACCCGCUUCGUCUCUGGCGAGUGUCGACUGAAGUCGAAGCUCCGCCAAACGAAGUGUUGCAUCGUGUUCUAAGAGAAAGGUACACCUGGGACCCGCAACUGUUAACGUACAGACUGGUGACCAAGUUGGACACCAAUGCGGAGGUCGUUCAAUACUCCACCGGGAACAUGAGUCCUUUGCCCGCUCGAGAUUAUUGUGUAGUAAGAUCUUGGCUUAAUCUUGCCAAAGGUGCUUGCGUCAUUGAUGAACAUCCGUGCAUCAUCCUGACGCUCCUGUCAUGCUCGGGGGAACUCGCGGCAUCGUUUUGGCCUCGCGUUAUCACAUCGAACCAUGGGGUCGCCACCCUGAGUGGUACAGCAGAAGCUACGGGCAUAUCGCUGCUCUCCAUCUGA